UCAUUUUAUAUUCCCCUAAAAACACUCAUUUUAUUGGUCACCGCCGGCGACAAAUCCCGCGCGGCGCCGGCGGCCGGCUCGCACGGCCUCCAACCCAUGGCGCACGACCUCCCCCCACCAUCAGCUAGCAGUUGCGCGCUUGCAUGGCCGGCCCUCCUCCCUGCCAGCUCAGCCCCCUACGCCGGGCCCGACGUUCCCGCCGCCGACUGGCCGCUGACAUCGUCGCCCCUUCGCUCCAGUUUCAGGUGUUGUUGUACUCAGAGCAGCUGGAACUGUGCCCGGCCUCCUUGGCAAGCACUGCACUUCCUCCUUCCCAGGCAUCCUUGCUUGCUGCUGCAUUUCCUUGAACUCCUGGCGCUGCAGCUUCCGUCCAUUGAAGCAACUAUAUGUGGUCAGGCCAGUUAGAUCCCAUGUUUCUCCAAUGGGGAUGGGGUAACAAUAAUCCCCUGACCUCUAGUGCUGACUGCUGACUCCUGAACCCACAAGGAGCAUAUUUGGAGAAACAAGUUUAUCAGAUUAUCAUAUUUCAUUAAAUAAAGAUGUCUGAACUACCACAGUUACCAAUAACAUUCAGCUUCUCCAAAAACUAGUAUGGUGGGCUUCACCUUCAACUUUUGUGUCAGCUAGUCACUCAGUUGCCCUUGAUCAUAGCCAUAUCUAGCUGCUCCUUGAUCUGUUUGAGCGACAAUUAAUACGGGACGGAGGUAGUAGGUAAUAACUUUUUGUAUGGUAAAGAUCACCCCGCCUCCUCCUGGGCAAGUUAAUAACUCAUAUCAUUGAUUCGAUACUGAAUUAUGGAAA